AUGACGCAUCGGCAUCUCAUGCCAAGGCCCUAAAACUUAUCUCAUGCGGCACAGAAAUGCGCUUUUUUGUGUGCGUUUGUUGGUCAAGUUAUGGUAUGAUAUGAAAUGAAAGCUUGAAAUUGGUAUCCAUCCUUAAGAAUGGAUCUGACAUUAUUCAAGCAGAGCUUGCAAAUAAGAGCAUCCUUCAUUUUACUACAGUGUAUGGUCAACCACCUCCUGCCAGACCACAUAUCGGACGCGUUUGUGGCACCGCAGCCGGCCGACGGAGACCCCACUCCCUCCCCGGCGCCUCUGGACUCCCUCGCCACUGCUCUCCUCGGGGGCCUGCACCGAUGGGACGCCCAGUACUUCCUGCACAUUGCCGAGCACGGCUACACCCACGAGGCCACCCUCGCCUUUUUCCCGGGCCUGCCGCUGAUGACGGCAGCCGGUGCGGUGCCUCUGGAGGCCACCGGUCUGCUGAGUCGUCCGGUCGCUCUCUUGUUGUCGGCGGUGGCUCUGAACGCUCUCCUGUCGGCGCUAGCCGCCCAGGCGCUGCUGGCACUGUCUGCGCGUCUGCUGGCGGACCGGAGGCGCGCACGCACGGCCGCGCUCCUCUUCUGCUGGUCGCCCGCCACCGUGUUCCUGGCGGCGCCCUACUCGGAGUCGCUGUUCGCCUGUCUCGGGUUCACCGGCAUGCUGUUCUGUGAGACGGACAGGCUGUGGGGAGCCGCGGCAGCGUUCGGUUUCGCCGCCGUGACGAGAUCGAACGGCACGCUGCUGAUUGGGUUCCUUGUGUACAACCUGCUGCAUAAACAGGUGGCGAUGAUGAUGCCCAAGAAGACCAAAGAAAAUGUUUUGAGGCCAUCGCUUGUGUGGAUAACGCUGUGCGGCACGGGACGGCUGCUGCAGGCGGCCGUCCUCUCCCUGCUGGCACUGACGGCGUUCGUCGUGUACCAGCUGUUUGCCUUUGUGUUGUUCUGCACGCCCGGAGACGUCCCCACGGCCCCACACGUGGAGCGGUAUCUACGAGAGACGGAGGCCGUCCGACCGGGGGCGAUGACCUCGCCGUGGUGCAACUACACGCUGCCGCUCUCCUAUGGAUACAUACAGGACCACUACUGGGACGUCGGUUUCCUGCGGUACUACAGGCUGCGGCAGCUGCCCAACUUCCUCCUGGCUGCGCCGACGGUGAUCCUUAUACUGCACGGUACUGCCACCUACCUGCGGCGAUGGACACUAACAGUUCUGCGGCGCCCGCUCGAUGGCGCUGCUGUCAACAUGCGGCUCCUCCCCUUCGUUUUGCACGCGGCCGCCCUCACCUGCUUUAUGGUUACGUGUGCUCACGUUCAGGUAACGACCAGAGUGCUGGCCUCUAGCUCUCCGGUUCUGUACUGGUUCGCCGCCGACCUUCUACACGGUCCAGAGACGAAGGACGGCAGGACGGGUGAUGAGAAUUCUCGGCCAGAGGGUAACACGGCCCGGUCAGAAGACAGCGUUUUGGCAUCCAGACGACGCCUGUCUGAGCCCUCGGGCGAUGGCGGCGGCAGUCCCGCCACCUUCACAUCAGGCGGCCAGUCGUCGCUCCGGUGGCUGGCCCAGCCUCGAACCCGCGCCGGCACCUACGUCCAGCUCUACUUCCUCGGCUACGCCGUGCUGGGAACGUGUCUGUUCAGCAACGGCCUGCCCUGGACGUGAGGACGACUCCGAGGUACGGUCUGAGAGCCAACUGAGUCUGAGCUGAUUAGCACCUCUUCUGCUUUCUCUUCUGCUUCACAUCGCUCACGGCGGGGCCCCGCCAUAUCUCACCGAUGGAGAGGGGCGGGGUGCGUUUUGGUGCGUCGGCAGGAGGGUUGGUGAGCCCACCCUCUUCAGGAACUUAACGACGUAUCCGCGUCUCCGUCCAUGACGCUCUCCGUCGAAGAAAUGUGAAGUCAGGUGGAUCUUAUAGACGCCACAUAGGACUACCCUGCUAAAAGGUGCAGCAGAGACCCGCCCCCCCCCCGCAGUUGGUACUGCAAGGCUGGUCGACGUCCCAGUUCCUGUCGAUCCCGAGCAAGGUAUUCCGAGUGGCUGGUGAUCGCUCUAUUCGGAGCUGUGAUAUGAGCUCCGACUGAGCUUCUGCUGAGUGCCUACUGUGAUCUCAGGCUGAACUGCGUCUGAAGUGGGCAUGGGUUCGCCCUAGCUAGGUCCGUUCGGUGAGGAGUUUGUCCAUACGUGAAUGAAUCGUUAUAAUGUGCAAGUGGAAAUCCGCUCUGACUUGAGGCAACCCCUUCCGUGGGCUUUCUUUCAUAUCGAUCACUAGUCAUCACUCAUCACACACAUGUGCGCGCGUGGUUUCUGCGUUGUAUGUGGGCCUGCUCCCCUGGGACACACACAGGUGGUUGCGGUGUAUUGGAGCGGUUGGCUUGGGCUUCUCCUCCCCCCCCCCCGCGCCGCACACACCUGUGCCGGGCUAUCUAGGGGGAGGGGGUAGGCGACUGGCUGUCGGCUGGGUAUAACGGACUGGUCGAUAUGACGUGUCGGUAUUCUGACACCACUGUCAUUGUAUGACACGGCCUGGUGACACAGUCGAUUGUGUGAGUAAUGGUUUAUUUUAUUUCAUGAAUGCUAGUUCAAACUUGUUUGCGGCAAACACAAUAUUGAAAAUCAAAAUAUGAGCUUAAACUUGCACGAAGUGUCUCAUUUCAAGCGUCGUCCACGCCAAUGUUCAUUAUAUUUUUUCAGUUCUUCACAUUUAUCCAGUUCAUUACAUUAUUCAGUUCAUUGCCUUUAGUCACUUCAUUACAUUUAUUUUAAUGUCGAGUCCGUUUCACGCACUUACAGGUCAUGCGUGCAGCUUUGGGUGUAUGAUUCAGCCCCUACCACUAUAUCGUGACUCACCCAGUCACCAAACAGUUAUGACCCCACACUAGCUCUAGCUGGGAGGUAAUCCAAUUGAGGAAGGAUGUUCAAAUUAGAACGGCGGAAAGCUGGCAUAAUGACACCGAAGCAAACGGUAAUCGAUUGUUUGAGCCUGUUUUGUUGGUUAUUAUGUAAGCAGAAUUCCCUGAGCUGACCGUCUGUUUUGUAACUUUAACCAGAACAAGUUUUAUUAUACAUGUGAAAUGCAAUUUACUGCUAAAUUGAGGAUACUGAUAGCGCUGUUCUUUGCCAAUUUCUGUUAGCGAUGGUGUGAUCAGUUUUUUUUUCUGUGACUCGUUUGACAUGACUCGUGGCUAAAUGGAGAAUUCGCGGCUAUGUUGGACGCUUUUUCAUUUAUGGAUGGGUGAUAGCUUGCGCUAAUGUUCAGGGCGAUUUUAUUUAGUUGAUUGUGUAAAUUCUCAGUCACUUGCUAUGGUGAAUGCAUUGAGUUUCUUAAUGUUGUUAUUUGCAGGGCCGCGUUUGUUUUAAUGUGCCAUCCAGUAGUUAACGCUUCUCGCCCCCCCCCCCCUUGUUGAUUGAUAUGGUUUGUCAUCAAUCAAUAACAAUUGUUCUGAGUUUUCGUAUCUCUGAGAUUUUAAGUAAGAGAUGCAUUGUUCAAUUGUGUUUUAUGCAGCCAUUAGAUAUAUGAGUCAGAGUGAUGUGACUGCAGCUAGUCGCACUGAUAUGUGACAGACAUAUGUGCACGCACGUCACAUUUCGCAGGCGUUGGACCAGACUCUCCUCAUUAUCCUUCAUCGGAUCCAUGGCUGUGUCGAAAUAAAUCGAGAGAAAAAG